AAUCAGUCACGUGACAACUAAGUGUCGUCAUGAUGCCAACAACAAUAAAGAUCUAGACGUGUGAUAUAAUGCCGGGCCGAUGGCGAGCAGCUUCGUAUUCCGCUCCGACACCUCGUGUCCAGAGCUAGUGAGAGAGGUCUUUCUGUCGCGCGGCUUCCGCGAAUUCGAAGAGAAAGAGGACGACGACCUGACAGGCUGGAACAUUUUCUGGCGCUCGUCUCACUUCUGUUUACGCUAUCACCACGAAUUACGUCCCUACCAGCGUCUCACCCAUUUCCCCAAGUCGAGCACAAUAACGCGCAAGGACGGCCUUCUUCGCUCUCUACGGCGCAUGCAGGCAGUAUACGGUCGCACCGUCUAUGACUAUUUCCCGGAUGGCUACAUACUACCCAACGACUACACGAAAUUCGUCGAGGCCUGUCGUCGUCACUCAUCGCGGCUAUGGAUCUGUAAGCCCGCCGACCUGUCGCGUGGGCGUGGCAUCUCGUUGCUACGCGACAUGAAUGAAUUGACCUAUGACGGUCCGUCUGUGGUGCAGAGAUACAUUUGUGACCCUCUGCUCGUCUCUGGUUACAAAUUCGAUCUUCGUCUCUAUGUUGCUGUCGUCUCCUUUCAGCCGCUUACCAUUUAUAUCCACGAGGAGGGUCUGGCUCGAUUCGCUACCGAAAAGUUUAAUCUCUCAUCACUGCACAAUGUGUAUUCCCAUCUUACGAAUACAUCGAUUAAUAAGUAUUCGCCGACUUACGCACAGGGAAAGGAGGGUAUCGGAUGCGGCUGCAAGUGGACGCUUGGCCAGCUUCGGUCCUAUUUAGCCGGACUAGAACGCGACGAACCGCUUCUCUGGCAGAGAAUUACUCGUAUCGUCAUGUUGACGUUGUUGGCUCAGAUGCCUCUUGUGCCGUUGGUUCAUAAUUGUGUUGAACUGUACGGGUUCGACGUUCUCAUCGAUGAGCAAAUGAAGCCGUGGUUAUUGGAGGUUAACUUUUCGCCGGCUCUACACUGUGAUUGUCGAGUCGAUGUGAUGGUGAAGAAACCGUUACUUAAUGAUCUCAUCGAUUUGUUGGGGUUGAGGAAUGUGGACAAGAUACCGCUCGGUGUGGGAUCAAAAGCGAAAACACGAACAACGUCGUCUGUCGUUUCACGGUCGCAGAAUGUAAGCAGGAUGACGUCUGCUAGAAAAAAGUCACAAUCUUUACCGUCUCGUCAGUUGGGCAAUUUUUGUUCACGCCCAAAGACUCAGACGCAGAGAAGGCACUGGACAGAUGUUCAAGAAACAGGCAGAGUCGCAUCGAGCAAACGGCGAUUACUCACCGCGUGUCUGUCGUCGACACUUCGAUUCAGUUUACACCCUAGCCGAACAACGAGACGUACAUCGGGGACUACCAGAGCACACGCUCACUCAGCAAGACAUCCUCAUGUCGUUCAGAGUACAAACCAUUCUGUACCUCAUUUGGGGACAACAGAAUGUGAUGAGACGUCUGUGGGUAUUUCUUCAUUCGAAGACAGAUCGAACAAGUCUAGUUUCUCACAGCCAAAUCCGAGUCAUGUGACCUAUAAUAAUACCGACGAUUUGUCGACAACACCAUUCUUAUAUGGAACUACAAGUGACAUAAACCGAUUUCCAGACGGAUGCACGAACACCGUGUAUGGAGACGGAUUACCCAAAACCCGAUUUCACGGUGUGAACGAAACAAGAAAACUGCCGUCGCGAGUCGGUGGCUUUGUCCUCGUCUUUCCAUUCAACGAAGCUACGAGGAGAGCAUCGUGUGCAACGACGUUGGACAUUCGAGUUAUUACUCAGGAAAUUCAGAAAGAGGUGAAACAAGGAUCGACACGGUGGGCUCCAUUAUUACUCUAACAUAUAGCCGGUUGGUUGUCCGUGGAGCCGUUAUAUUUAUCUAUAUAAGCAAGUGAUGAUUUACUUGUGCCGAUGGGAGUUAUUUCUUGAAAUCAGUUUUGUAAUAAAAUGUCAAAGGAAA